AUGCCAGUAAAAAAAAGAGCCUCUUUGGGAAGAAGUACAUCAGCUGCAAGAAGAAUGGCAGCAACAAGAGCAGCUGAAGAUUCUGAAGACACACGCAUUCGACUUGAUGGUCAACGUGCAAGACAAGCAGCUUCAAGAGCAGCUGAAUCUCCAGAACAGAGACAAGGUCGACGGGAAGAAGAUCGAGCCAGACAUGCAGCUACAAGAGGAGCUGAGGAUCCCAUACAGAGACGGACUCGAAGUGAAGAUCAGCGUAGACGACAAGCAGCCUCAAGAGCAGCGCAAUGGACAUUUAUGGAAGGGGAAGCGUUUCGUUAUGAUCCAGCCAACAACUAUGACACCCAUCCUCAACUUUAUAUUGGACAAAUGAGUGAUGUUUGCCCAUACUGUAAUGCCCUCAAGUGGCAUGCAGAAACACGAGGUAUGUGCUGCUCUGGUGGUAAAGUAAAGUUACCUGAACUUCAGCCUCCUCCUGAACCACUGAAAUCAUUAAUAGGCCCUACUUCAUUUGAAGCUCUUCGAACUGUAAACGGUCAGAUCUGUGCAACAUUUCGUGAAGCAUGUCAAUUACACGGAUUACUGGAAGAUGAUCAGCAAUGGGAUGCCACCAUGUCCGAAGCAGCUGCAGCUCAAUCGCCAGCAAGAUUAAGAAAUCUAUUGGCUCUUAUACUAGUUGUUUGUGGACCAUCCAAUCCAAAACAAUUAUGGGAGUCGUACAAAGAAAGCUUGACUGAAGACAUUCUGAGAAAUGCUCGCCGGCAAAAUCCUGGAAUGAAUUUGGAUUAUACACCAGAUAUGUUUAAUCAAGCACUGAUUAUUAUUGAAAAUAAAGUUUUAGAGAUGGGUGGCAAAGAACUUGAGAAAUUAGAGCUCCCAACUCCUCAACGAAAUUCGGGUGAUCGAUUAAACAGUGCAAUGCUCAGAG